AUGUCCUCGAACCUCAACGGACUCUCACUAUUUGCUAACAUGGGAGCGAAUCACGAUGAUGACACCGACGUUGAAGCUGAACUUGAGGUCGACCAACUCGACUCCGAUACAGAUCCAGAUGAGCCAGCGGAUAGCGCUAAAUCGCGCAAGCCCAAGAACGGUACUCAUCGACCGGGGGAGCGUGUACCAGGACACACCUUACUCCCAGCUCAGAAAUUAGAGAAUAUGAUACAAGCAGAAGGUGUGACUGGCAAUAUGACAUUGUCGAAGGAAGGGCUUUUCGUUCUAUCCAUAGCCACAGAGGAGUUCAUCAAGAGAUUGGUACAAGCCGGUCAUAGAGAAGCGAUUGCACAUUGUCGAAACCAGAUCAAUUACACUGAUAUGGCGGCAACAACAGGUCAAUAUCAAGAAUUUAUGUGUCUGUCAGAUACGAUACCUCCUCCAAUCUCGUUGGCUGACGCGUUGGCAUUACGGGAACAAAAAGAAAGAGAUUUAAUUGAGGAUAAUCCUGCCCUGUCUACUCCUUUUGUCCCAUCAGCGAUUCCAUCGCCAGAACCUGAAAUGAGAAAUGGUGUAGGAAGCGCAACGACAAAUAUUUCAAAUAGUGCAAGUCGAUCUAGGAAUGGGAAGCCCUCGGUAGCAGAGCCGCUACUUCCGACUGAUAGUGUCGAGUCUGCUAGUUCAAGUCGUGCCAAAGCCAAGAAGCACCCUGUACCCGAGCCAGAGCCUGUCCAUUCCAGAGACUCAGAAAAUAUAUCUGCAAGUACCAGCCGACUUAGGCACAAAAAAACGCAACCAGGAAUGGAGCCGGAGCCAGCAAACGUAUCUGCAACUUCUAACCGAGGCAAGAACAGAAGGCCGCCUUUGGCCUCUGAAUCUGACUCGCCCCCUGUCAAGGAGGCAAUAAGCAUGCCUUCCAGUACAAAUCGCUCAAAAAACAAAAGACCACCUUCCAAUAGCCAUGGACCCGAUAAUGCAAUGAAUGUUGAUAUGAUAGACGAUUCACGGGAAAUGGACUAUCACGGGUCUGCUCGGAAUGGCUCAUAUGCUGCAUCUUCUCUGCCAACCCUUUCAGCUAGCGAUCAUCUGCCCACUGGUCUUUCUCCAUCCCAUUCUCCGCCAUAUUACUCACCGACCUAUUCACGUGAAGAAUCCGUGGAGCCCGCUUCUAUACCGUCGCGCGACCCAAAAUCUCUGUCGCAUUCACCGCCUUAUGAUCCUGUCUGGACAGACGCUGUGAUGUCUGCGCCAGGAACAUUGGAAAGACUUCCUAUCAUAGAUAUCGCACCAUUGCUCAACGAUGACCCUGCCAAUUCUGGUAAACGGGCAGAAACUGCAGCAGCAUUACACGCUGCCUGCGUGGAUUACGGCUUUUUCUAUUUGGAUAUUCGAGCAUAUGUCGAUCCUGCAGAGCCAGAGGAACUGGCACGUUUGGCUAAGCAGUUUUUCGAUCUUCCACCAGAGGUGAAAGAUCAGCUUUCCCUUAGAAACCAAGACAAUGCAAGAGGUUAUGCUAGGCUGAACCAGAAUGUAACUAAUGGCAAAGCGGAUAACCACGAAGGCUUGGAUUUCUACAAGCCAGUUGAGCAUCCAGACAAAACAAAGCCUGUGUGGGGAGAGAAUCAAUGGCCGACCAGUAUUCCGGACUUUAGGACGAAGUACGAAGCAUGGGUGGAGAAGAUGAAAACCCUUGGUUUGAUUCUUAUGGAAGCGUGA